AUGCAGUCCUAUUACAUCAACAAUUAUUCACCACCUCAGGGCUACGAGUUAGGCGAACUCCCGCGACCAGAGAUUGAAAAUGCGACUGAAGUCCUGAUCAAGGUUCAUGCUGCCAGCGUGAACCCGAUUGAUGUCAAGAUGGCCAGCGGCGCGGUCAAGAUGAUGACUUCGUUCAAAUUCCCGUAUAAACUCGGAUACGACUGCGCUGGAACAGUGGCGGAAAUCGGAGCUCGAGUAACGCGCUUCAAGGUCGGCGAUGAGGUAUACGUUCGUCUUCCGGAGAGUACCAGAGGUUCCUGGAGCGAAUACUGCAAGACGCCCGAAGAUGCGCUUUCUCUAAAACCGAAGAACGUAACAUUUCAAGAAGCCGCAUCCAUUCCUUUGACGGGUUUGACGGCAUACCAAUCGCUGAAACUCGCGGGCGAUUUGACUGGAAAGACUGUUUUUGUGCCUGCUGGAUUGAGCGGCACCGGCGCAUAUUGCUGCCAACUCGCAAAGAAUGUUUUCAAAGCCGGAAAGGUCAUUACAACCGUAUCGACUGGGAAGAUCCCAAAGGUUCCAGAGCUGCUUGGUGAAGGGGUGGUCGAUCAGAUCAUCGACUACACCAAAUCGGACCCCAAAGCCGAAAUCCCUCCCGGGUCCGUCGACUUCAUGUUCGACACCGUGGGCAUCGCCAUGGACUGUCUCUCCCUCAUGCGUCCUCAAACCGGAUACUUGGUAUCCAUCUCCACCACCCCCAGCGGAGACUAUCUUGCUGAAGUUGGACACAUGCAAAUCGGCUUCCCGUUCCGACAAAUCCUCAACAUCAUCGACAGCAUUCGCGUAUGGCGGGCCAAGAGGUGGGAUGUGACUUACAGAUAUGUCUUUAUGCAGCCCGAUGGUAAAGAUCUGGAGGAGUUGAAGGAACAUGUUGAGAGUGGCAAGUUGAGAGCUGUUGUGGGCAGCACGGUGCACUACAAGGAUGUGAAUGCUGUCAAGGAAGCUUGUGAUUUGGUUUUCAAGGGCAAGGGAGGAAUUGGGAAGCAAGUUAUUUCUUUUGAGUAG